CAAUGAGAGAAACGAAAGGAACAAUCAUUCUGGUAUAACAUCGCCGUGUUGCAGUAGUUUCAGUCAUGCUGAGAUGAAAGAUGAUGGUGGAGAUGUCAAUCGGUUCCCUUCAGCUGCUCUUCCUUUGCAUUCUCACUGCAGUUCCAGCAAAUGGGCAGCUUCAAACAGGCUUCAUAAGCAUAGACUGCGGCUCGCCUGUGAAUUUCAAGUAUGUUGACCAGGACACCGGAAUUAGUUAUGAGUCUGAUGGAGCUUACACCGACACCGGACUAAACAGGAACAUCUCCUCUGACUAUGCAUACCCGAACAACCCCAUUCUGCCUCAGCCACUUUCGGAUCUCCGAAGCUUUCCUCAAGGAAACAAGAACUGUUACACCCUAAGACCUGCUGCGGGUAACGCCAGCUUAUAUUUAAUAAGAGCUAGUUUCUUUUAUGCAAACUAUGAUGGACUCAAUGCUCCGCCUCAGUUCGAUCUUUAUCUCGAUGCCAAUCUCUGGUUAACGGUGAAAUUCAGCAAUACUUCUGACAUCGUGACUUCAGAGACUGUCAGUUUUGCAUCUUCGGAGGCUAUUUACGUUUGUCUCGUGAACAUUGGUGUGGGAAUUCCUUUCAUAUCGGCAUUGGAGCUUAGGCCGGUGAACAGUUCGACAUAUGACUCCGAAUAUGGGAAAUCUGCUUCAUUACUUCUCUUUCAAAGGUUGAAUGUCGGUUCAAUCGAGGGAAGUGGUAGAUACACAGAUGAUAUAUAUGACCGCAUUUGGGCUCCUUAUGUUUCCCCUUCAUGGGAGGCGAUCAAUACUUCAUUGGUAGUUAAUACAAAUGAAAACGGCUACAAAGCGCCUCCUGAAGUCAUUCAGACAGCUGCUAGGUCACGGGAUGCGAGCAAACCCUUAGAAUUGCGCUGGACCUCAAGCAAUGCAAGCGAUCAUUUCUUUGUGUACUUGUACUUUGCCGAAGUUGAGCCGCUUCAGAGAAACGUUUCAAGAAAAUUCAAUAUAUCAUGGAAUGGAUCUCAAAUCUCUGGGCCUUUUAGUCCGCUCUACCUCUAUGCAGCCACGAUAUCUAACUCAAAAGCCUUGGUGGGAGGUGAACAUCGAAUCAUGAUCUAUAAAACAGCUGAUUCAGCUCUUCCGCCCAUACUGAAUGCUGUUGAGAUCUACAAGGCGAGGUUGCUGGAUGAAUUGCUAACAAACAGCGAAGAUGUCAAUGCUUUGCUCAGUGUCAAAACAACAUAUCAAAUAAAGAAGAACUGGGCGGGCGAUCCAUGUGGGCCAAAGAAGUACCCAUGGGAAGGGCUCACAUGCAACUACGGCAGUUCGAUUCCCCCUCAUGUAAUCUACCUGAACUUAAGCUCGAGCAAAUUGAAUGGGGCAAUUACUGCUGCUUUGGUAGAACUUUCGUCAUUGGAAUCCUUGGACCUGUCGAACAAUAGCUUAACCGGACCAGUGCCGGAGUUCUUGGAAGAACUCAAAAACUUGAAGUACCUGGACUUGAGAGGCAACAAUCUGUCAGGAGCUGUGCCUAAAGCUCUUUUAGAAAGAUCGAAUGCAGGGUCGCUCACAUUGAGUGUCGAUGAACAAAACCUCUGUGGCUCUGCUUCUUGCAAAAGGAAGAAGGGUAUCAUCAUUCCCAUCGUUUCAUCAUUGUCAUCAGUGAUGGCCCUAUGUGCUGCCCUGGUGGUGCUCUGGAAACUAAGAAGAAAAUGGAAAUCAGGCACAGGUUCUCCGAAUGAGGAGGGAAGAUAUUUAGCAUCAGAGAAGAGGCAUUUCACAUAUCCUGAGGUAGUAAGCAUGACAAACAACUUCCAGACAGUUAUUGGGAAGGGCGGAUUCGGUGAUGUCUACCUCGGCAUCAUGAAUGAAGGAACCCAAGUUGCAGUGAAGAUGCUAUCUGCAUCAUCUUCACAAGGGCUCAGAGAAUUCCGAACUGAGGCUGAACUUCUAAUGCGAAUUCACCAUAAGAACUUGGCCUCCUUCAUUGGAUAUUGUGAUGAGAGCAACAAAAUGGUGCUGAUAUACGAAUACUUGGCUAAGGGCAAUCUGAAAAAUUAUCUUUCAGACAGUGAUUCACGUUCAUUGAGUUGGGAAUCAAGGCUUCGCGUCGCAAUAGACGCUGCACAAGGACUCGAGUAUUUACACCAUGGAUGCAAACCGCCGAUUGUUCACAGAGACGUGAAGACUGCCAACAUUCUAUUGAGCGAAAGCAUGGAGGCUAAAAUAGCAGAUUUUGGACUUUCCAAGGUUAUCCCCAGUGACGGCCUUAGUAACAUGACGACUUCCGUCGUGGGUACUACUGGAUAUCUUGACCCAGAGUACUACAUUUCUCGCAAACUGAACGAGAAAAGCGAUGUCUACAGUUUCGGCAUUGUUCUUUUGGAGCUGAUCACGGGACAGCCCGCAAUCAUCAAAGCCGAAAUGCCAGUCCAUAUUCUGGAAUGGGUGAGUCCUUUCAUUCAAAGAGGGGAUAUCCUAGACCUUGUCGAUCAAAGGUUGCAGGGAGACUUUGACGAGAGUUCGGCACGUAGAGCGGUAGAGAUAGCAACGGCUUGCGCAGCAUCCACGUCCCUACAUCGACCGACCAUGGGUUACGUGUUGCCAGAGCUUAAGCACUGCUUGGAAAUGGAGUUGUCCAGGGGCUUGGAAAGAACUCCCGGACCGAGGGACGAGGCAAUCAGCACGACGGUUUCGACAAGUUCGCCGGAAAUUCAGUCGACCAACUUUGAUUCUAUGUCAGCUAUUUCGCCAAGGUAGCAGAUUGAGACUUGAGUGGAACGCCACGGAUUUGAUAGUUGUAUUCUUAACAACUGUAACGUUUCUUGUGAAAACUCUCUCGCCAGUGUCUAUCUUCUGUCAUAGGAGGCAAGUAACGAUGAUAAUGGUUAUAGUUACUUGUUUGUGUGUAUAUUUGCCACAUGCGAUAUUAAAGCUUGUGAAUAUUUUUAUUUUUCUGAA